AUGGGUGGUUGUAAAUUGGAAGCCGAUGAUGGCAGAUACAUGAAAUGUAAUAAAUGCGAUCAAUCAUACGACUUAUUGUGUGCCGGAUUGGCUUUAGAUAGGUACCAAACCUUGUCAAUUGAGGACCUCAAUUCUUGGAUUUGUAUGGAUUGCCGAAGUACAAUACCCAAAACUGGCAACACAGAGACACCUGUACGUCUCUUUCCUAGCUUAAGCCACUGUUUGGGUAAUGAUAGUUCAAUUGCUGAAAUAGUUGAUACCUCGGUUUUGGACUUAGAGAACGGCUUUGAAAAUGUCACCAUAGGACGAGGGCAGUACAAGUCACAGAACUCACAGAAUAUUCAUCGAGUGGACGAGUUGCCUAAGUGUGUAUGCGGGGGUUCGACGCUGAGAACUAUUAUAAGGGAAGAGCUUAAAGCUUUCUUUACUGACCGCAACCCUUCUUGGCUAUUAGAUGCCGUCCUGCCCAAGACGAGCAAGCUUACACAAUUAAUGAAUGAGGUUCUAAACACCCAGGCUGAGCUAUUAGCUAGACUAAAUGACUUCACCACCCUACCGUCAUCUGUAACGCCAUCUAGCACAUGUACGAAAGCGCAGUCGGCAAAUAUAUCUACACAUUUACCACCCAAACCUGAAACACCUAAAUUGUACUUGCCUAUUUCUACCACUGGCAACUCCGUUGGUAGAGUAAACUCCCCUAACAAAUUGACUGCGCCUAGCCCUAAACAACAACAACCCGUUCCAGACAGAGCUCCCCCCCCAGUUCAUACAGAACCUGCAACCAAGUCACAGGAGAGUAGGAAAGUUAACCUUUUCAACGGUGAUGCAAGUGAAAAUAAUAGUUUAGGCAAUACUUUUGCUAUAGCAGAUAACGCCUCAGCCUGGAAAAAUGUGCAGUACAGGAGAGGGCGGAUGUCUAACACACCCUCCGAUGGAGUUCGUGAUCGUAAUGGUACCGAAGGAGAGUCCGGGGGUGGCAGCCAUUCUGGCAGCGACGACCGUGGGCACAGACGUAGCAGCAGAGUCAACGGGCGCACAGUGGGCCGAGCAGGCGCCGAAGGUGGCGUAUGCCGCGGCACGGCUCCGCCCGGCACAACUGUCUUAUCCGCCGCGGAGCGUCUACAACAACUGCAUCUGUGCUACGUCCAGGAGGGUACUACAGCGGAGCAAGUGCGGGAGCAUCUGAACACUAUCUGCGAAAGUGAUCUGUGUACGGUUGAAUCUCUUAAGCCCCGUGGGAACUAUUCAUCAUUUAAACUUGGAGUGCCCUCUAAGUUCUCUGAGCUAGUGCUGUCAGCUAAUAACUGGGCCCAAGGAAUAUGUGUUAAAUAUUGGCGACAGAACUUUCGAUCGGGCCGGGGGAAAAGCCGCGUCAGCGGCGCGCCCCCGGCAUAAAAAACUUUUAUGUUAUUACCAAAAUGUUCGGGGAUUACGAUCUAAGACUGACAUGUUUGUUAAAAAUGUUACCAUUUGUAAG